AUUUUAGGCCAAACUAUCAAAAAUUUCACACAGGUUGACAUUGUAUCAGACUACAGCAGUCAAAAUUUGCAUAAAAUGCAACUAAUACUACAACAUGUUGACUAUCAACACGAUAUCAUGCUCGAUAGCGUGAAUCAUAUGGAUUAUUUGAAGGAUCAAGUAACAGCGAUGGAAAGAUGAUUGGAAGAGAGUGGCUGUAGAAAUUAAACAUGUACUUGCGAAUCUUUCUACGCCAACUCAAGUUUUUAUCUAUAGCAAUUUCUUUAUGCAUACAAAAAAAGAAUUACUGUCGAGUUUGUUUUAUAUGUAGCUUUUAUCAAAUUGUAUUCUUUAGUUGUAUUUAGCAUUUAGACUGUAUGCGAGUUAAUUGAAAUUUUAAUAGCUAAAUGAAAUUCCAGUGGCAAUUUGAACCACGGCUUAUCAUUAGGAAAUUUCAAAUUUCAUUUAAAAUUAUACUUUUAUUAUCAUCAAUAAUUCAGACGUUUAUUUUCAAAGUGGCAUAAAUAAGUCACUUCGUACCUCUUGUGCGUAAAUGGCUGGAUACUUGUAACCGAAUGCAUAUGUAAAUCGCUCUAUCGUCAUAUACUAACAACAAAACCCUCUACCUUUGGUUAAUGAGCGUUCAGAUACAAGUAACCGGCAAUUUAAGAAUAAGAAGUGUGAAGUGACUUAUACCACUUUCAAAAUAAAUGUCUUAAUUAUAACAUUUCCCUACCCUGUCGGUAGCAUCAACAAUCAAAACUAAAAUUAAAAGAAACAUAACAUUCAAAAAAUGUUGUUUUGGCCAAACUCACGCUGGCCUUUUAUUUGUAUUUCUAUUUAAUAUAAAACAUUGUACACUUGUGAUCAGCUAAUUAAGCCAG